AUGGCUGCCACAGAACCCUUACCCGCGGCCGUCGUGCGUGACACCGUGAGAGUGCCACAUCCGCCAACUAGAGCAGCGGAAGGGACUGAGAAUUCAACAUUAUCAGACAGUCCUCUAGUCUCUGCUGGUAUCCCCAGGCUCGACCAAGAUGCUCCUCCGAGUCAUCCCGCUGUAAGAAGCAGCAAUGAUGCUACUAUGCUUGACACUGAAGGAGAGGUGCCCAAGGUGGAGGGACAAGAGGAGACUGAGAAUGUGACGAAAUAUCCAGGUGGUCUCUCAUUGGCUCUGCUCACACUCGGAUUAUGUCUUGCUAUGUUUGUUGUAGCAUUAGACAACACUGUCAUCGCAACUGCUAUCCCUCGCAUCACAACAGACUUUGACUCUCUCAACGAUGUUGGCUGGUAUGGUUCUGCAUAUCUGCUCACGAACUGCGCGCUACAGCCAACUUUUGGAAAGAUCUAUACGCUGUUCGAUGUAAAAUGGACCUAUAUUUCCGCAUUGCUGAUCUUUGAGCUCGGAUCAAUACUCUGUGCUGCUGCAUCAACCUCGACUAUGUUCAUCGUUGGACGUGCCGUGGCAGGUAUAGGAGCAGCGGCACUGUUUUCUGGGGCUAUGAACAUCAUUGGUUUUAGCGUGCCUCUGAGACAUAGGGCAAUCUAUAUUGGUGCUUUGUCGAGUAUGUUUGGAAUUGCAUCCAUUGUGGGUCCCAUCAUUGGAGGCGCAUUCACGGACCGUGUGUCGUGGAGAUGGUGUUUCUGGAUCAAUUUGCCUUUUGGUGGUGUGACUAUUCUUGCCGUGUUUCUCGUCUUCAAGAAUCCGGAUCACAAGAAGAACGACAAAAGCAUAAAACAGAAGUUCUUAGAACUAGAUAUCCUUGGUGCAAUUUCACUCAUCAGUGCUGUCAUUUGUCUACUUCUCGCAUUGAAAUGGGGUGGAGUAACAUACCCUUGGAGCGAUUCCAAGGUUUGGGGUUGUCUUCUCGGCUUUUUCCUUCUCCUUGCCGUGUUUAUAGCUAUCCAAUUUAAGCUUGGGGAUAAAGGUACAAUUCCUCCCCGCAUCCUGAAACAACGCACAGUCUGGUCUUGUUGCUGGUUUACGUUUAUACUAGGCCUGGGUCUCUACGUGCUCAUUUUCUAUCUCCCGUUCUACUUUCAAGCUGUAAAAGGUGUCUCUGCGGAAAACUCUGGAAUUCGCAUGAUCCCGUUGCUAGUGAGUAUCACGCUGGCCUCAAUUGUAUCCGGCGGAAUGACCACAACCUUCGGAUACUACGUACCGUUCCUCUGGUUUAGUGCUAUAUUCUUCACUAUUGGCUCUAGUCUUCUCUACACUCUGGAGGUCAGCUCUUACGCAGGAAAAUGGAUCGGCUACCAGCUCUUGGCUGGUAUUGGCUGUGGUCUCUCUCUCCAAGUUCCAUUCGUUGCCACCCAAGUUGUGUUGAGUGUCGAAGACCAGGCUAUUGGUAACUCUCUAGUGGUUUUCUUCACGAGUCUCGGCGGUGCCCUUGCCGUCUCAAUCGCCCAGAACAUCUUUAGUAACUCCCUUGUCUCGGAGCUCACGAAACGCAUUCCUGUCGACCAAAUCCCUGCAAUUGUUGCCGCUGGUGCAGCCAAGGUUGCUGAAGCAACACCACCGCGGUUCCUACCAGAUGUCCUUUAUUCCUACAAUUAUGCAGUGACAAGAGCAUUCAUUGUAGCCAUAGCAGCUGGCGGUAUCGGCCUUUUACUGUCAUUAUUCCCGGAAUGGAAGAGCGUCAAGACCGCGAAGUCUACAGACACGACGGCUGAAGCUGAAACCAUCGAGAAGACCACAACCGACGAGACCACAACCAACGAGGCCACAACCGACGAGACCACGGUUGAAACGAAGAGUGGUGUUGGGGCCGAGGUCAAGAGCAAGUAG